AUGGUGAGACAGUUGGCAAUUACCCAGACAGUCCAGACUUAUGCUCCACAGUCCGGCAAUCCAUGUGGCAUAUGUGGUGACCCUUUUCACCCCACUGAUGCUUCCCCUCUCAGCAAGAGGGCCCUAUUCCUACAGAACUCAGCUCCCAUUCCAUCACAGACAGUUCCAAAUCCAAAGGGAAGCGGCAAUGUUUGUGCUAUUUCUCUACGGUCUGGCAAAAUAGUAGAGGAGCCAACCCAAGCUGCCGUUGAGCCAACCCAGGGAAGUGACACUAGUGCAGGGAAGCAGAACACUGAUAUGUCUGAUAUGCACAUCUCCUUGCCUUUCCCUCAAAGAGCCACCCAGUCUAAGAAGAAAGCGGAAAAAGCUCAAGAUAAAGAGAUUCUUGACACCUUCAGAAAGGUAGAGAUAAAUAUCCUACUCCUGGAUGCGAUUCAGCAAAUUCCAAGAUAUGCAAAGUUUAUGAAGGAGUUGUGCACUAACAAGAGGAGGCUGAAAGGAGAUGAGCGAGUUAGCGUCAGUCAGAAUGUGUCAACACUCAUCCAGCCCAUGCCCAAAAAGUUUCAAGAUCUAGGGACAUUUACUAUUCUUUGCAUUAUUGGGAAUUCUAUUUUUCAUGAUUGCAUGUUAGACAUAGGCGCAUCCAUUAAUGUUAUGCCUGAAUCUGUGUAUAUGUCUCUUGGUCUUGGUCCCUUGCGUGCUACUGGUAUUGUUGUUCAGUUAGCCAACAAGAGUAGAGUUCACCCUUCUAGUGUAGUUGAGGAUAUAUUAGUUAGGGUGAACAAUCUGAUUUUUCAUGCUGAUUUCUAUAUCUUAGGGAUGGAGGGUGAGACUUCUAGUAGUACAAUUAUACUUGGUAGACCUUUCAUGAAAACUGCUAGGACUAAGAUAGAUGUGCAUGCUGAUGAAGUGGUUGAUGAUAUCUUUGCUGAUUUAACUGCUCAAUAUCCAGAAUUUUCGUCCUUCCUUGAUUUUGAUCUGUCAUAUGGUUGUACCGACAGUAGUGACUGUACAACUUGUGCUGAGAUAGCGUUUGGUUCUGCAUUGAAGUUGAAUUCUAAAUUGCUAGUUGAAAUUAUUGAUGAUUCUAUUUCUGAGAAUUUGAUUGCAGGCUUAGAUGUUAAUGUGUUUUCUGCAGAACCUGCACCCACUAGACUUCUCCCACCCACUGAGCAGCCACCUAAGUUGGAACUGAAGGUUCUGCCUGACCAUCUGAACCAGUGGGUCAGCCCGGUUCAAGUGGUUCCUAAGAAGUCUAGAGUGACUGUAGUAGCGAAUCAGAAAAAUGAACUGGUUUCGGCAAGAGCUCAUAAUAGUUGGAGAGUCUGCAUAGAUUACCGUAGACUAAAUCAAGCAACUCGCAAGGAUCACUACCCUUUGUCAUUUAUUGAUCAGAUGCUUGAGCUGUUGGCCGGAACACCACAGCAACAUGAGGAUACAGAGAUGGAAGCAGAGUUCAGGCUGCUUGAUGCUGCUUAUUCUCCUUAG